GACGGACUGGGUCACAGAGUCGCGAGUCAAAACGUUCUAUCGCCACGUGCUUGCCCUCGGCUCUAGAAAAAAAAUGUUUAAAUCAUUAUUCUCCAACUGAUAAAUAAAUUGAAGAAAAAAAAACUUCAUCUUAAUCGAUGCACAAAUUUUUGGUAAAAGUUCGAUCUACGAUUUAAAAAAUUCAUCUUCCCCAUUCAUCGAGGUGUUAAUUUUUCAAUUUUGUGCGAAUCACAUUCGAAUGAUGCAACUGUUGGUGGUCUGCACAGCUGUUCAAAUGUUUCGUUCGUCAAAUCUGAAUAAAAUGCGCAAUAAUGUUAGAAAAUUAGAUUCUCUCGAUCGUUAUUAGGAUGAGAGAGUAUAAGAUCUGAAAUAAGACGAAAUUGAAGGAGAAUUCGUCCUUGAGGCAAUAACAAAGCGGGGCAAAACGUAAAGCGUCUACUAGGCUCAUCGAUAAAUCAUAAUCGUUCGGUCGAGUCAAUAAGCAGCGGUUCGUUCCCACCGAUUCGAGAUAAGGGCCUGGCUGUCGUUGAACCGGGAAUAACAUUGCAGCGGUGAAAGAAAAUCAUGACGAUCGACGGGAGCGCCGAUUCGAGCGUCGAUUCAAGUGCGAUCAGUCGUUUACGCGAUGACCAAGUUUGCUCGAUGAAAAAUACGGAAAAAAGUUACGAGCCUCCGGCUCCAAAAGGGGGAGAGGAGAAUCAAUUUUUGACCAACGUUCAACAUUCGAAAAUAUCUAUUUUACCAGAAAAAUAUAAAUCCUCUAAAACGAGUCUUCCGCCCGACGAUGACUCCAACGAUUUCGACAGUAAAAAAAAUACCGAUUCACAAGAAAAUUCAGACACCGACGAACAUUCGCCACCUGAUGGAGGAAUUCGCGCCUGGAUGAUCAUGCUCGGCAGCUUUAUGAUCAAUGGCAUUUUGUUUAGCGUUAUUAAUACUUACUCCCUCAUUUACGUUGAAUUACAAAAACGAUUGGAGGAAUCCGGCGAAACUGAAGCUUCUUCCAAAGCCGCUUUGGUCGGCUCGCUGACGAUAGGCACAACUUUUUUUUUGUCCCCCGUCGCGGGAAUAUUGACCGACAAAUUCGGCAUUCAAUUGACUACUUUUUUGGGCGGAGCUUUCGCGUUUGGUGGAAUGUUAUUGGCCUCCCUGUUUUCUCACAAGGUGGAAAUUCUGUACCUGACUUACGGAGUGAUGUACGGAUUCGGGGCGAGUUUGGCUUACACACCGAGUUUGGUUAUCCUCGGGCAUUAUUUCAAGCGAUACCUUGGCCUGGUGAACGGGAUCGUCACAGCUGGAAGUUCAGUUUUUACCAUUAUAAUGCCUUACAUAAUUGAGCCGUUGCUCAAACGUUUUGGUCUCGUGGGUACUCUCAGAAGUUUGGCGAUCCUCACUUCGGUCGUAAUGGCUUGUGCUGUCCUCUUCAAACCCGUGCCUCUUAAAAAAGCCGCUGAAGUUCGACAAAUCGAGGCGAAGAAAGUAGAUUUUUGUUUGAAGCUUAAAGAAGUCGUGAAUGUUUCAAUUUGGAAAAAGAAAAAAUACGUCGUCUGGGCCAGUGCAAUUCCUCUCGCUCUAUUCGGAUAUUUCGUGCCCUACGUUCACAUAGGAAAAUUCGUUGCCAUUACGUUCAAGGAUGCCGAUAAAAAAUUGCCGGUCAUGUGUAUUGGCAUUACUUCCGGUAUUGGACGACUCGUGUUCGGCUACAUCGCUGACUUGCCCCGGGUCAAUAGAAUUUUGCUGCAACAGAUUUCGUUCGUUAGUAUCGGCAUUUUGACAAUGCUGUUACCGGUAACUCCUACUUUCGGUUUAUUGCUCCUGAUUGCCCUUUGUAUGGGCCUUUUCGACGGAUGUUUCAUAUCGCUUUUGGGUCCAAUCGCAUUCGAUAUUUGUGGCCAGAAAGGCGCUACUCAAGCCAUUGGCUUUUUGCUGGGAAUGUGCUCAAUACCAUUGACCGUAGGCCCGCCAAUAGCAGGUCGUCUUUUCGAUCGAACAGGAUCUUACGAAUUGCCUUUCAUACUGGCUGGACUUCCGCCGAUAGUCGGCGCUUUGGCAAUGUUUCUAGUCAGGUGUGUCAAAGACGAGAAAAAAGCGAACGGAGAUCUCCAGGGAAAUCUGCAAAAUGGGGAUGAUGGUGUCGGUGAGAGCAUUAAAUCGUCGGUAAUGGAAAUUGGUGUAUCGGUACAACAGGAAGAAGGACGAGAGCUGGAAAAUUUAUGCAACAAUGGCAACGCUAUAGUGAACGCGUAGGAAUUAGCAGGGAUGAAGAAUGAGAAAAAAACUGGUUGAUAAGAGAAAUUUUACAUAGUCUGUGACAUCAACUGUCAUUUUCUCAAGCUCUCUGAAUUGUUUUAUUACUUGAACUCCCACCGUUUUUCCUACGCUCAAGUUUGGAACACGCGGAAUUCAUGAGAAAUUUCGCACAGAUGUUUCGUAAGGUUUUAAAACAUCUCGCAGCCGCGCAACCACAAUUUAGGAACGUUCAAAUAUUGUUAAGCAAAUUUUUAAGUUAUAGUUAAGUUUUAGUUAAGCGAUUUUCUUUAUGAAACGUAGUUUGAUUUUUUUUACAGAUUAAACUUUAGGAUCAAAUAUAGGAGACCUUAGCGUGAUCUCAACUUACGGGUGAAAAUUGGAGUUGAAGAGAAAUUCAUUUUUCUAUAGUUUCAGAUUGAGGUUUCAAUAUUUCGUAUACAAAUUUUCAAACUCAUUUGUUAAACUUGAUAUUCAGUUGAAUUGAGAAUAACUCAAGUUUGAUAGAUGAACCAUGUUUAAACGUCGUUUUAUUUACGUUUACAAGCAUUUAUCAGCUUUUUUUGAAGUAUACGUUUUUACAUAAUAACAUGAAAUUACCACUGGCUCUGGAUACCGCAGUAUUUUCCAACAGUCAUCAAGGACAAGUUCACGUAUCCUCUUUUGGGGGUGGACUGAAUUUGGUAUUGUUUUCAAUGUUCGAGUUAUUUUGACAAAACUACAUAUUCAAAUAAGGAUUCCCACUUUUUCCGGGUAUUCCGGGUCGCCAGUAUUAUAAUUGACGGGCUAAAAAACUAUCUAACGUUGGAUUAUUCAGAGAAAAAAAUUCUAUAUUGAAUUACACGAAGUUGCGUUAACCGAAUUAUUGUAUAUAAUAUUAAUUAGAUUGAAGAAGAAGACAGAAGAAGAAAUGUUUCAGAUACAGGAAAAAUGAAAAAAACUGAGCAUUUUUGCAAUAAUCAAAUGUAUAUUACUUGAUAGAUAAUUUUUAGCAGUUCAACAUGUUGAGAUAUCCUCAAAAUUCUAUCAAUAAGCCGGAGAAAAGAUUUAAAAAUUUGGCGUUGGCCAAAAAUUUCAAAAAGGUAAAUUUUAAUCGAAGUCAUUAACCAGGUUAGUAUUCGUUGUUAACGUCAAUUACUCAUUCCGAUGGCAUAUGGAAUUCAUCACCAGCAGGACACAAGAUUUCAUUUUUCGAGGGAGAGUAAUAAUAUAAGAUCGCUCAUCAGAAAUAGUAAAAACGCAUAGUAAUAAAUAAACGGGAAAUUGACAAUUUUCGGGGCAAUUCGUGUACGUACCAUUGAAGUACUUAAAUCAAAAAAAAGAUUGUAAGUAGUCAGAGGUUACAAACUCGAUGUAUUUUGUUAUUCUUGUAAACUGUAUUAAAUGCUAAAACAACUAUUA